AUGAGGGUCUGGCGCCGUCGACUGCCAGCUGGCGCGUCGGCGCGUUCUUUAGACGAACUGUCAUCCCCGCUGGCAGCAACUAUCGACAACUUUCAUACCUCUCUAGAGGUAAUGAAGGACGCUGUCGAGGGCUGUCCACCACUCAAGUGCUCCCUCGCAAUCGUUGUUGGCCUGUGGAAUUUGAGUGAUCGCGCCAAUGAAAGUAGAUUGCAGGCGCGUGCGCUGGCGUUCAAAGCCGCUGAGAUGGUCGAUGCCAUGUAUCGCUCCAUCGGACCGAGCCCGCCGCCGCUUUCGGAUUCCGUUAUCGCACAUAUCUUGAUCCUAACAACGACUUAUUUGUAG